GUGGAGAAAGAGUAAUAGUGCAUUUAUGAUUGUUCUAGGAAACAAGAAGCCAAGAAUUAGACAAAUUGGCUGGGCACGGUGGCUCAUGCCUGCAAUCCCAGCACUUUGGGAGGCCAAGGCUAAAGACGGCUAAAGUCACUGGACACCUUUGCAGCCUUGUCAUCUGCUCCUUGUCAGAGCUGAGUUGGGAAAAGCCAACCUCAGAGCUGCCUCUGUAGGAGUCGGGCGCUCUCCAUUCCCUGCACGCCCCGGUCCCAACCCUGGCUUCAGCUUCUAUCCCAGAAAAGAGGAUCAAAACCACAGGUUCCAAGAACAAACACUGCGCCAGCGCCUCUGUUUUGGAGAAAAGGAAAAGGGUGUGAGGUUUCGGUCAAUUUUGUCUGAGGAAAUGAGAUGAAAAGGGGUGAGCAGGGGACCAGGUGUCCUGAGCGCAGCCAAUCUUGUUCGCUCUCAAGCGACUCGGGCUCUUGGCAGGACUUGCUGCGGAGUCCCUGACGGAGUGAGCCACUGAGGCCUUCAGAAUCCCAGGAAAUCUGGGCGUUUCUGGGUGUCCCAGGAAAUCUGUCGGCAGGUGGGGAAGGGCUCGGGGAAACAUCCGACAGUGGCGCCAGGCAAGAGGACAGAAAUGCUCCUUUCAUUCGCCUUGCAAAGCAGAGCAUUUGGUCCCCGCCGGCGUCUGACUCUGUUGCGACAAUCUAGAUGCUACCUGAGUUCCCGGUGUUUUCUUCAUAUUCAAAGACACAGGAAAUCCGGGGUGCAAGGGGGACUUCUGUCUCUCAAGGAAUAGAAGUCUGACAAACGUACAGAAAUGAGUUUCGGGUUGAACAAGACCCGCUUCUGCCUUCCUCCCGCACCCAGCCUUGAUUCUCCAGAUGCUUCCCAACUUCCUCUUCAUAUUUGACGCAACUGCACGGGUUUCAACCUGCGCUUUCGUUAGAAUACUUCUAUUUUCCCACUAAAACAAUGCCCACACUCAGUUUGCUUGGCGAAAACGUUAAUAAUGCCCACUUAGAAAACCAGCGAUAAUCGCUGCUUGCAUGAAGUGGCCAUUUGAAUAGAUUUGGGGUGUGAUUUAGAGACUUACGGAUGGAUAUUUUAAAAAAAAAGCAAAAGUAGUAACAUUAUAGCACUGGCAAUGUGUGUGUGCAUACAUACACAUAUACAAAUUUUAAAUAAAGUUCGAUUCUUUCACCUGGCUGGUCAGUCACCUGUGCAGGCGUCCGAGCCCCCGGGUUUCCAGGAGCCCCCAGUAUAAGGACCCCAGGGACUCCCCUCCCCAAGAGGCCAGGCCGCCCGCCCAGCCCCCAGCCCGGAGCGCUGCCACCGACCUCCUCAUCGUCCCAAGCCCCAGCGCUGUCGCCUGCGUCCCUUCCUCUUCCUGGGCCACAGUCUUGGCCUUCCCAGGCCGGCUUCUCGCAGUUGCGCAGGAGCCAGCGGGGGAAGACCUCUCGUGUGGACCUCGAGCACCACGUGCGACCCUGAAACCCCACAUCUCCUCUCCCGCCUCGCAGGCCACAGGCAACGGGAGCCGGGCGGGACAGGCGCGGCCCACAAGGACCCGCCGCGAUGGAGGCGCAACGCCGCCGCGACUGCCCUCGGGGCCGCGUCGCCGCGCCCCGGCCGCUACCGGGCAGGAAACGCAGCAGCAACUCGUGGAAUCUGAGGCAAUGCACUGCAGCAACCCCAAGAGUGGAGUUGUGCUGGCUACUGUGGCCGGAGGUCCCGAUGUUUGUCAGAUACUCACCAGGGCCCAGGUGGGCCAGGAUGCCCCGCAAAGGACAGUGCUAGGGCUGCUGACUGAAAAUGGGCAGUACAGGAGGACCUGUGGCCAGGGGAUCACAACAAUCAGGUGUUUUUCUGGAUCGGAAAAUGCCUUCCCUCCAGCUGGAAAGAAAGCGCUCCCUGAUUGCAGGGUCCAAGAGCCCCACAAGCAAGGGUUUGACAUCUUCAUGGACGAACUAGAGCAGGGCAAUGGAGACAGCUGCUCAGGCAGAGAGGGGACGGCGUUUGAGGAUGUGUAUGAAUUAGAUACCAGCACACUCAAGUCAGACCUGCACUUCCUGCUGGAUUUUGACACAGUGUCCCCGAUGCUGGUCGAGUCGUCGCUCCACUCCCAGCCUGAAGAUAUAUCUGAUCUUGACACACACGUGAUAAAUGUGACUGAAUAUGCUGAAGAAAUUCAUCAGUACCUUAGAGAAGCUGAAAUAAGGCACAGACCCAAAGCACACUACAUGAGGAAGCAACCGGACAUCACAGAGGGCAUGCGCACAAUUCUGGUGGACUGGCUGGUGGAGGUUGGGGAAGAAUAUAAGCUUCGAGCAGAGACUCUGUACCUGGCUGUCAACUUCCUGGACAGAUUCCUUUCGUGUAUGUCUGUUCUGAGAGGGAAAUUGCAGCUCGUAGGAACAGCAGCUAUUCUUUUGGCUUCGAAAUAUGAAGAGAUCUAUCCUCCCGAAGUAGACGAGUUCGUCUAUAUAACUGAUGAUACAUACACAAAACGACAACUGUUAAGAAUGGAACACUUGCUUCUGAAAGUUCUGGCUUUUCAUCUGACAGUACCAACCACCAACCAGUUUCUCCUUCAGUACUUGAGGCGACAAGGAGUGUGCAUCAGGACAGAGAACCUGGCUAAGUAUGUAGCAGAGCUGAGUCUACUUGAAGCGGACCCAUUCUUGAAGUAUCUUCCCUCAUUGACGGCUGCAGCCGCUUUCUGCCUGGCCAACUAUACUGUGAACAAGCACUUUUGGCCAGAAACCCUUGCUGCAUUUACUGGGUAUUCAUUCAGUGAAAUUGCGCCCUGUCUGAAUGAGCUUCAUAAGGCAUUCCUUGGCACACCCCAUCGACCUCAGCAAGCAGUUAGGGAGAAGUACAAGGCCUCAAAGUACCUGCAUGUGUCUCUCAUGGAACCACCUGCAGUUCUUCCUCUACAGUAAGUUUCCAAAUGGAAGCACUUCUGGGCCUUGACCUCCACAUGAAAAGUGCCAUUAAUUUUCAUAGGUUUCUGCAGGCUGGAUCGACUAACGUUGCUAUGCUAUAAAUAACAUUUGAAAAUGUAAAUGUAUUUAGGUUUCCUUAGACUUUAGUAGCUUGUAAUAUUGUCCAACAUUUUUAAAAGAAUAAACUGCUUGUCUUAUGA